AUGUCGGGUUCGUCGUCUACGAACAAGUCAGACCAGCAACAGCAUCAAGAACGGGAAACUGAACAGCAGCAACAACCACAACAACCGCUGGAUGAAACAGCCCAGGAACAACAUUGCUCCCAGCAGCAACCGAAAUGGGUGUGCGACUAUUGUACAUACGAAAACUAUCCAUUGUCCCUUAAGUGUAUCAUGUGCAAAGGGUCGAAGCCACUUCUUAAGGAGGAUAUCUUUCGCCUGAGUCCAACGCAGCAGCUCAGUGCGACGAAUAGAUCGAACCCAAAUCUGGCGAGUGGUGCUGUGAAAUCGACAACGGUCCCAGAGCUUGAUACCAAUCAGCGAUGGCCAUGCACGGCAUGUACCUAUCUGAAUCUUCCCCACACCAGACGGUGUCUGCAGUGCGAUACCGUGCGCAAGGAGGACGUGAUCCCGAUGCAGCAACAGCUCCAACAACAAAAACCAUCUCCCCCAAAAGUGAUAAGCGAGUACGAUAGCAUUAGCGAUCAGUUGAAUGCAAUGAACAUUUGCCGUAGUGCCAGCCCCGGGGACGAUGGAACUGUGUGCACAAGCGAUACUGGAAGUGGUAAGCGGAAUCGCAACAAUUCACCUGCGUCGGGUGCAUCGUACGGUAGUACCAGCUCAAGAUUAGCAUCGUCCGCACACGACAGUGAACCGGUCGGAAAGGGCUGUGCGAGUGACUCCAAACACUCACCGUCGCCGGUGUCCUCUUCGCCCGUCAGUACGAUGGGCCGGGCCGUGGCCAGCUCACCGGUCAACGCAGGAAAAUGGUUCUGUUCCGUUUGUACGUACGAAAAUUGGCCGAAAUCGCUCAAGUGUUCAAUGUGCUUGCAUCCGCGUGACUCCCCGAGCAGUAAUGUGGGAAACAAAAGUACUCAAGCAGCGGCUAAAGCGUCCCCGGAACACGACGAGAACAGUAUCAACGUGGCGAGUAACAUCAUGGUAAACAACAAGCGUAAUCAACAGUUUGUUGGUCACGCCGACUCUAUAAACAAUAUGGAUGCGUGCAAGCAGGAACGAUACCUGCAGCUGUUGCGCCGACAACCGGACUGGGACUGGUUGAAUGCGUGCGUCGGUAUAGCGGAAAAUAAUAUUGGCGCUGUGGAAGCUUACCUGGAGUGUGGUGGCGAUCCAAGCCGGGCCCUUACAUCGGCCGAAGCGUUUCUAAUUAGCCGGAACAAUUGUGCAUUUGACGUGGGUCACACACUGAUUCAUCUAGCGAUACGGUUUCAUCGCGACGAGAUGUUGCCGCUGUUGUUGGCACAAAUUUCCGGCUCGGGCCCAGGUAUUAAGCGAGUGCCAGCGUACGUAGCGCCGGAUCUUGCCAGCGACAUACGUCGCCACUUUGCCCAAUCGCUACGUAUACGCAAGGCUUCGUUCAACUGCCAGUUUGUGAAUGAACAUGCCACCUUUUCACUGCCGGCCGACAUCGAGGAGCUUCCGCUGGUGCUGCAGGAGCAGCUGUACGAGGAGUUACUGGAUAAGGAUGCGCAAAAGCAACUGGAGAUGCCACCGCCCGCACUAAAUUGGUCGCUGGAAAUUACGGAACGACUCGGCUCCCGGCUGAUGGUGUUGUGGAAUCGUAGCGCUGGCGACUGUUUGCUCGAUUCCGUCAUGCAGGCAACGUGGGGCGUAUUUGAUCGUGACAAUACGCUCCGUCGAGCGUUGGCUGACAGCUUGCACCAGUGCAGUCAUAUUUUUUAUCCGCGCUGGAAGGAGAAUGAACUAUUCCAAGCGGCGUUGCUUCAGUACACCGUCGGUGAGAUGCAGCUGGAGAAAGACUGGAACACGCUACUCUCGCUGGCUAGUCAUCCCGGUUCGUCCCUAGAGCAGCUGCACAUCUUCGCGCUGGCACACAUCAUGCGCCGACCGAUCAUUGUGUACGGUGUGAAGUACGUGAAAAGUUUUCGCGGUGAAGAUAUUGGAUUGGCCCGGUUCGAGGGUGUCUAUCUGCCGCUGUUGUGGGAACAGAGCUUCUGUAUCACAUCACCGAUCGCGCUUGGCUACACACGGGGUCAUUUCAGUGCGCUUGUACCGACCGAUCCGUACUCGCGAAUCGAUGCAACUCGGGACGACCGGGAAGACAUAACCUUUUUGCCUCUAAUGGACUGUGAGAUGAAGCUGCUGCCGAUUCAUUUUCUGACCAAAAAUGAGAUUGGUCGUGAAGAAAUGCUGGUCCGUCAAUGGCUAGAAGUAUGCGAAACCGAAGGAGGAUUGCUUGUCGCACAGCAGAAGCUUCACAAACGUCCAUUAUUAGUCGCUCAACUGCUUGAGGAAUGGCUUAACCACUAUCGUAGGAUAGCGAUCUCGAGGCUGUUUUAA